AUGCAGAUCGUUGCGAUCGCAGAGGUGCCUACCACUAGGCAGUCCGGCGACAGUUCGCUGCGCACGGGAGGCACCGUCCGCCAGACUUUGCUUACGGACAGCACGGCGGAUGGGCUGAACUUUCGCUUCAUCCGCAGUCAGUAUCAGGGCGGAGAUGCAGCCUUCGAGUCACCGAGGCAUCACCACGCCUUCCAGCAAAUCCGCUUCACCGAAGCUGGCUCAGUCAACUACGCACCUGGCCAUGAUAUCCCACAAGGCGAUAUCGCGUAUUUUCCGCGCGGAGCUUACUAUGGUCCGCAGCGCAAGGACCAUGGAACUGGCCUCUUGCUCCAACUCGGCUUUCAUGGCGAGCACCAGUCUGGACCACAUUGGACGCAGCACCGCGCGGCCGCCCUAGAGCGCCUUAUUGCGAAGGGCCGCCUUGAUGGCGGCAUCUACUACGAGCGGGAUGAGGCCACUGGCCAGGAGAUGGCGCGCGAUGCCAACCAGGCGCUUUAUGAGGAACAGUAUUUUGCGCAGACGGGCCAGAAGUUCUCUAUUCCGUGCGAGGGGUAUGCCGAGCCCAUCCUGAUGCACCCUGCGGCCUUCGAAUAUUAUCCGGCCGCUGAUGGCGUCCGGAUUAAGCAGCUCGGGCACUUCUUCGACCAUCCCGGCCCGAACGCCGACAUCCGGAUUGGCAUUGUUGAACUGGCGGAUCGCGCUUCCUACGUCUUCGUACCCGACCGCGCCCAGAUCGCCUGGACACUCGAUGCCGGCCUAAGGGUGGAGGGUACGACGUAUGGCAAACUCACCUGUCUCUACAGCCCGCGCGAUGAAGCACUGACAGUUCGUACUGACACCACGGCGGCGGAUCAUAAACUCAUCGAGAUGUACGUGCUGGAGUUGCCGCGCCUUGACUCUGUUGAGGGACUAGUCAGGUGCUGA